AUGACUCUGAGCAAGAAUAAUCUCCUUUUACUACUUGGAAUGCUCUGCUUGGACCAAGGCGAACCUGCAACUCUCUCUCUCCCCAAAGCUCCCACUUGUGGGCAGAGUAUGGUGAAGGCACAGCCUUGGAAUUACCUUAACAUUUUCAGUCGCAUUGUUGGGGGAAGCCAAGUGGAAAAGGGUUCCUACCCCUGGCAGGUGUCUCUGAAACGAAGGCAGAAGCACAUCUGUGGUGGGACCAUCAUCACUGCACAGUGGGUGAUUACAGCUGCUCACUGCGUUGCAAACAGAAAUAUUGCAACAACUUUGAACGUUACUGCUGGAGAACAUGACUUGCGCCAUAUAGAGCCAGAGGAGCAAACCCUCACCAUUGAAACCAUCAUCAUACAUCCCUAUUUCUCCAUCAAGAAGCCAAUGGACUAUGACAUUGCUCUUUUGAAGAUGGAUGGUGUCUUUCAUUUUGGCCAGUUUGUGGGGCCCAUGUGCCUUCCAGAGCCAAAGGAACGCUUUGAGGCUGGAUUUAUUUGUACAACUGCAGGCUGGGGCCGCUCGGCUGAAGAUGGUGUUCUCUCGCAAGUCUUGCAGGAAGCGAACCUGCCCAUUCUGACCCAGGAGGAGUGUAUGGCAGCUCUGUUAACCCUAAAGAAACCUGUCAGUGGGCGGACCUUUCUCUGCACAGGUUUCCCAGAUGGAGGGAGAGAUGCAUGUCAGGGAGAUUCAGGAGGUCCCCUCAUGUGCCGGAAUAAGAAGGGGGCUUGGACUCUGGCUGGUGUGACUUCUUGGGGCUUGGGCUGUGGCCGAGGCUGGAGAAACAACAUGCGGACAGAUGACCAAGGAUCCCCUGGGAUCUUCACAGAUCUUAGAAAAGUGCUUCCCUGGAUCCACAAACACAUCCGAAUUGGUAAUAACGCCCGCACACAAGGUCAAGAAGCUGGGGCCAGUGAGAGUGUCGGCAGUCUAGGCAAGUCAGGACCUCCGAGCGGACAGGCUCUGCUUCUGUUUUUAGUGUAGCACGUAAGAACUGUGACAUU